UUUGUGCCCUCAUCAUCCCACUAUUAAUAUGCCCUCCAUCUCCAUUAUUCGUACUAAAACUUGAACCUUUUCUUUCCCUUUCUCUCUUUGUUUGAUCUCCACGCGUCAGCAUGGUACAAUCAAAGAAGUUCAGAGGAGUAAGGCAGCGCCAGUGGGGCUCUUGGGUGUCAGAAAUUCGCCAUCCUCUGCUAAAGAGAAGGGUGUGGCUGGGGACAUUUGAGACGGCAGAGGCAGCAGCGAGGGCAUAUGAUCAAGCAGCCAUUUUGAUGAAUGGUAGAAAUGCAAAGACAAAUUUCCCAGCUCCAUUGAAUGAAGCUGAAGAUGGAGGAGGGUCUUUCUUGUCUCCCAAGGCUCUCUCAGAGCUGUUAUCCACAAAGCUUAAGAAAUGCUGCAAGGACCCAUCUCCUUCCCUCACUUGUCUCAGGCUUGAUUCUGAUAAUUCUCACAUUGGUGUGUGGCAAAAGAGACCAGGACCUCGCUCGGAUUCCAAUUGGGUCGUCAGGGUAGAGCUUGGCAAGAAACAAGCACAGCAAGGUGAUGAUAAAACUGCUGCAGACGCCAUUAGCAGUGAAGCUGCAAGCGAGGUGGAAGAUGAAGAGGCAAUGCAGAUGAUUGAUGAGCUUCUUGAUUGGAACUAUCCGUGUGAUUUCUCCAGUAGCCCUUAACAGCAAAAAGAUAACCUUACCGUCUCAGAAUUCUUGAAUUAGAAUGCCCAGUUUCUGCUUUCUUUUGUUAAUUUACUCUAGUCUUCUUUGGAAGAAAAAAAAGAUGACAGUGAGACUUUUAAUGGCAGUUCUGAUAUAGUCUAGUAAAGUACAACAUGAAUGAGUCUUGGAUAUGUAGGGCUAUCUAUCUGGAAGAUACUGUAGAUUAUGGACAAAGUGCUUGGAAUAACACGAGCCUCAGGCACUAUUUUCUGCAGCCAAAGUCCUCAUAGUUGAGGACAGUUCAGAGCUUGUUUUUCCUAAUCGGGUUCACCUGUAGAUCUGUGAUUCAUAAUUGAGGCAAACAAAAGGACUGGAAAUUGCCAAGUUGCCUACUCUCAUCCUUUUUUCUGCCUUUGAUCCUUCUGCCUAUGGCACGCUGUCAAUAAUUAAAAGUUCCCCGUUCCUUUUCCAAUAUCCAUGUACCAAGCAUUUGCUUUAAUGCUUGUCCAUCAUGAUUAAUCAGUGGGGCUUAUAAAUUGGCCAUUCUCGUA